CUACAUCUCCGGAAACUUUUGGACAUAAAUUCCGAUGAAUUGAAUCUUCUUGAAUAUUAGCAUGCUAUUAAAAAACACUCUGUAUAUUUAUAUUGUCUAAAAUAUUGAAAGGUAUAUACUGAAUACAUUUAAUAAUUGACUAUUUCCGUUUUUUUUAUCUAUUUUAGUGUUUAAGAACUCUCGUUGGCCAUACAGGAGGAGUCUGGUCAUCACAAAUGUCAGGCAGUACAAUAAUAAGUGGCAGCACGGACAGAACAUUGAAAGUUUGGGAUGCAGACACUGGUGUUUGCAUACAUACUCUCUACGGUCACACAUCAACGGUUAGGUGUAUGCAUUUACAUGGGAAAAAGGUCGUCAGUGGCUCGAGAGAUGCUACAUUGAGAUUAUGGGAUAUUGAGACUGGUGAUUUCCUUCAUGUCCUGGUAGGACAUAUAGCUGCUGUUAGGUGUGUACAAUAUGAUGGAAGACUGGUCGUGUCUGGAGCUUACGACUGUAUGGUGAAAGUGUGGAACCCUGAGACUGAAGAAUGCCUGCAUACCUUACAAGGACAUACUAACAGGGUAUAUUCACUCCAAGUUAUCAGUUAUAGAACCUCACCACGGUUUUUUCUCAAAAUAAGUUAUUGAGACGAACUUGAUAAUAUACUCUGAAAUCAUCUCCACUGCC